AAUCAUUUCCCGUCAUAAGCAGCAAAGCAGAUAGCAGAGCAGAACAGAGCAGCUUGAGCAGCGAGCAUCCACUGGGCACUGCAUCAUGAGGAGUCGUCUUCUCCAACGCGCCUGGCUCCUCCUCGUCCUCUGCUCCCUCUCCGACGCCAAGAGGAGGACGCCCCCACCGUCGCCCUACCCCUACCCUCGUCUCCCUGUCCGAGCGGUGUGCCUCGGCGGCUGGCUCGUCACCGAGGGCUGGAUCCUGCCGUCCCUCUUCGACGGCAUCCCCAACAAGGACCUCCUGGACGGCGCGCAGCUGCAGCUCAAGGCCGUCGCGGCCGGCGCGUACCUCACCGCCGAGCAGGGCGGCGGCGCGGCGGUCGUCGCCAACCGUACCCAGGACCCUUCCGGCUGGGAGACCUUCAAGCUGUGGAGGAUGAACGAGACGACGUUCAACUUCCGGGCGUCGAGCGGCCAGUUCGUCGGCGUCGGCGGUGGCGCGGCCGUCGUGGCGGUGGCCGCCGCGCCGGGGCAGUUGGAGACGUUCCAGUUGGUGCGCAACGGCGGCGACAAGAGCAGGGUGCGGAUUAGGGCGCCAAAUGGUCACUUCUUGCAGGUAGCAUUGGGAUCCAACACAGUAACGGCAGAUUACGGUGAAAGCACAAGUUGGGGAGACGAUGACCCAUCAGUGUUUUCAGUAACAAAAGUUCUGGAGCUGCAGGGAGAGUACCAGAUUUGCAAUGGCUAUGGUACAGCCAAGGCUACACAAAUACUCAGGAACCAUUGGAGCACAUACAUAGUCGAAGAUGACUUCAAGUUCAUCUCAGCAAGCGGGUUAACAGCAGUGAGAAUCCCUGUUGGAUGGUGGAUUGCUAGUGACCCCAAUCCUCCGGCUCCAUAUGUUGGAGGAUCCCUGCAAACUUUGGACAAUGCCUUCAAGUGGGCAGAGAAGUACAAGCUGGGCGUUAUUGUUGAUCUCCAUGCGGCUCCCGGGUCACAGAAUCCCUGGGAGCAUAGCUCCUCCAGAGACGGCACCCAGGAGUGGGGAACCUCUGAUGCUAGCAUUGCACAGACAGUGCAAGUAAUAGACUUCCUCGCAUCCAGGUACGCGAAGAGCCCAAGCCUCCUCGCGGUGGAGCUGAUGAACGAACCAUUCGCGCCCCGUGCCACCUUGGAGAGCCUGAUGAAGUACUACCGCGACGGAUACAAUGCCGUCAGGAAACACUCGCCGACGGCUUAUGUCGUCAUGUCGAACCGUCUGGGACCACAUGAUCCGACGGAGCUUCUCCAGUUCGCCGACGGGUUUCCCCUCGCCGUCGUCGAUGUGCACUACUACACGGUGUUCAACGACAUGUUCAAUAACCUGACUGUGGAGCAGAACAUUGACUUCAUCAGAUCAAACUUCUCGAGCGAGCUCAGGAGUGUCACAACACAAAAUGGCCCUCUGACAUUUGUAGGAGAAUGGGUGGCUGAGUGGAGAGUACCCAAUGCAACAAAGGAAGAGUACCAGAGGUAUGGAAAGGUGCAGAUGGAUGUUUAUGGGCAGGCCACCUUUGGAUGGUCCUAUUGGACUCUGAAGAAUGUUAACAACCACUGGAAUCUGGAGUGGAUGAUCAACAAUGGUUACAUCUCCUUGAAAACCUAACAUGUCCCUAGCUAGCUGCCAGGGUUUAUGAGGUAGCAAAGCAUUUGAAUAAACUGAAUUAACUGGUGGACAAUCGUCCGUAGAAGAGAGGUUUUAUCGUAUUGUGAAGAUUUUGAUUGUGCAACUAAAUAAAGUUCAAUUCUUGCA